CAGGAGAGACACAGACCCUGAUUAUCUCCAACAUGAAGCUUGGUCAUGUCAUUCUCUUACUUUUGUGCUUCUACUUAAGUUUUUGUGAGGAUAAUUUUAGAAAUCGAGGACAGUCAAAGGCAGUGAAGAAAUCAGAGGCUCACCAUGCCCCUGAAGCAAGUCUGAGCAAGGAGACAGAAGCUUCAUCUGAAGUGAAGCUCACUUCAACACCAGACACAUCUCAAAAAGAUUUCGUGGAUAAAAAGUGCUUAACUAAAAAACACACACAUCUCUCCUGCAAUAAAGUCUUCUGCCAACCAUGGCAGAGAUGCAUCGAUGGGACCUGUCUUUGUAAACUUCCUUAUCAGUGCCCUAAGAAUGGUACCAGGGUGUGUUCAACUAAUGGGAAAAGCUACUCAACUUACUGUCAGCAGAAGAGUUUUGAAUGUGUUCGUCCUGAGGCAAAGUUUUUAAAAAGUGGAGCAUGCACAGGUGAAGAGCAAUUUAGUGUUUCCUUGUCAAAUGGAAAACAAGAUUCAGAAGGACUUGUUGCAGUACAACUUGCAGACCAAGAUAGAAAAAUGUUUGUGUGUGGAGACAGCUGGAGCAUUACUCAGGCCAACGUGGCCUGCCUUGACCUUGGAUUUCAACUAGGUGCUCUUGAUACUCAUAGAAGAGAUCCUGAUCUAAAUUCCGCUGAAUGUCUGCAUGUGCGUUGUCAAGGAUUAGAGACCAGUUUGGCUGAAUGUACUUUCACUAAAGGAGUACACAAUUCGGAGGGGUUGGCUGCCAUGGUGUGUUACACAGAGGAGGCAGCUCCUCCAAAAAAGGACUCCUUUCAAUGUGUGAAUGGGAAACGCAUUCCUCAGAAGAAGGCCUGUGAUGGUGUCAAUGAUUGUGUAGACAACAGUGAUGAGCUGUGCUGUAAAGACUGCCGAGGUGAAGGUUUUCUCUGUAAAUCGGGUGUUUGUAUUCCAAAGCAGUAUAAGUGCAAUGGUGAGCUGGACUGUAUCACGGGAGAAGAUGAAGUUGGUUGUGAAGGAACUGGACAUCCUGAAAUUAAAGAAGCAGCAGAAGUGUUGACUGCUGAUAUGGAUGCAGAAAGAAAAUUUAUAAAGUCAUUUUUGCCUAAACUAUCCUGCGGAGUUAAAAACAACAUGCACGUUCGAAGGAAACGAGUCGUAGGAGGCAAGCCAGCAAAAAUGGGAGACUUCCCAUGGCAGAUUGCAAUCAAGGAAAGUGACAAAAUCCACUGUGGAGGAACUUAUAUCGGUGGCUGUUGGAUUCUGACUGCUGCACAUUGUGUCAGAAUCAGCAGAAUGCAUCGUUACCAAUUAUGGACAUCAUUUACAGACUGGAUAAGACCUGGCUUUCAGACAGUUGUUCACUCGGUGAAACAAAUUAUUAUCCAUGAAAACUACAAUGGAACCACCUACCAAAAUGACAUAGCUUUGAUUGAAAUGAAAAAACGCCCAAGUGAAAAACAGUGUGUGUUGAGUAGCUCCGUCCCUGCCUGUGUCCCCUGGUCUCCGUACCUAUUUCAACCUAAUGAUAAGUGCAUCAUUUCUGGCUGGGGUCGAGAAAAAGGUAACCAAAAAGUAUAUUCACUUAAGUGGGGUGAAGUUCAUAUAAUAAACAACUGCUCAGCAUUCUACCCAGGUCGCUACUUUGAAAAAGAAAUGGAGUGUGCAGGUACAGAUGACGGUUCUAUUGAUGCCUGUAAAGGGGACUCUGGAGGUCCCUUAGUCUGCCAGGAUGUCAACAACGUGACUUACGUUUGGGGUAUUGUGAGUUGGGGUGAAAACUGCGGAAAAUCAGGGUUCCCAGGCGUUUACACCAAAGUGGCCAAUUAUUUUGACUGGAUUAGUCAUCAUGUAGGAAGGUCUCUUAUUUCUCAGCACAAUGUAUGA